GUAGCACAAUAUGCAGACGAUGAUAAAAAGACGAAAGGAAUUGCUGUACAAAAGCAAGCUGUGCUUUCACGUGAACCUUCUUCUUCAAGGGAGAAGAGACACUUCAUAGGACAUCUCUCUGUCUCAAACUGGAGCAGCAUUCACAGCAGCAACUUCCAACUCCCAAAUCCAAUGGUGAUUGGUCCCCUCAACCCAAUCCACUUGUUUACGAUGUGUUACUUCUGAUUCACCUGUAAAACACACUACCCACACACAUCCGUCUUCCUCCUUUCGUCGCUCCCCCUCCUCAUUUCUGAUUCCAGUCCCGAUCUCAGCUCCGAUUCCUUCCCAUGGACUACGAGCGCAUCCACAAGCCUUUGUCCCCCCAGGGCGGUGGAUUCUCCCCUAAGAAGCUGCGGGCGAUGCUGCUUGGAGCGGAGAGGAGGAGAAAGGAAAAGGAGGAGCUCGAAACGAAGACUUCACUGAGAUCUGAACCCUCGGAGUUCGAGGACAGAAGGGCCAGUGCCGCGGAUAGCUGCAAGGAUGUAGAGUGCUCCACGUCAACGGAGAUGGCGAGUGGCCACAGAUCGAGGGAUCACGCGACGGGGGAACCUAGGGUUAAGUGUCAGGAAGAGGAUUCUUACGAAUCGGAGAGCGCGUCAUCUGGCUUCGAGUUCCAGAAGGCGGAGCGAACGCCGGCGCACCGGUUGACGGCCGCAGCAGCGUUCGUGCCACCGUUCUCGAAGCCGGCGCCAUCGAAAUGGGACGAUGCACAGAAGUGGAUUGCCAGCCCGACAACUAACCGAGGGGGAAGUAAGGCCGGCGGAGGGCAGCCGAAGAAGGGUAGUCUGGCGGGACACAUGAACCGACAUGCAGCGGCGAAGGUUGUCUUGGAUGUGGAGGAAGUAGACACCAAGAGGGUGGACGGGUGCCAAGCAAGCAAGCAAGUCGGUGAGAUUAAGAGUGUGAAUUGGCUGGCCGAGCCUUGUCCUGUUCCGGAUUCAGGGAUGAAGCUUGGAGUUGCUGUGGAGAAUUCAGUGGUUGAUUCUGCUGGUGACAAUGGUUCGAGCCGUGGCAAUAGUCUCCCUGCUUGCUAGGGUAAGGCUGAUUAAUUGACCGUCCCUAAGCCCUGCAUUGGUGGGACCAGGAGCAGUUUAAGAGUAGUUUUCAAGAUUUAGUCUCUGGCAGGGCCAUGGAAAUCACAACUAUGGUAUUCCAGCCUAGAUUUAUACCUUGUCACAUUAGGAAACAUAUUUUGUUUUUAUGAAUU